AUGCAAGAUAUCGCCUUCUUGUCUGGUGGCCGGGGAAAGGAUAAUGAUUGGAUCAUUACUUUUCCAGAAAAUUGUAAUUUCAGAUGUAUACCAGAAGAAGUGAUAGCAAAAGUGCUGACUUACUUGACAUCUAUUGCAAGGCAAAAUGGAUCUGACUCCCGGUUCACUAUUAUUCUUGAUCGAAGAUUGGAUACAUGGUCUUCUCUCAAAAUUUCUCUUCAGAAAAUCUCAGUUUCCUUUCCUGGGAACUUGCACUUGGUUUUGGUUCUGCGUCCUACUAGUUUUCUUCAACGAACUUUCACAGACCUUGGAUUUCGAUUUAGCCAGGAAGACUUCAUGCUCAAAUUACCAGUGGUUAUGCUGAGCUCAGUUAGUGAUUUGCUGACAUACAUUGAUGACAAGCAAUUAACCCCUGAGUUAGGCGGCACCUUGCAGUACUGCCACAGUGAAUGGAUCAUCUUCAGAAAUGCUAUAGAAAAUUUUGCUCUCACGGUGAAAGAAAUGGCUCAGAUGUUACAGUCCUUUGGAACCGAACUGGCUGAGACAGAACUACCAGAUGAUAUUCCUUCAAUAGAAGAAAUUCUUGCAGUUCGUGCUGAAAGGUAUCACAUGUUAAAGAAUGAUAUUACAGCAGUAACCAAAGAGGGAAAAAUCCUCCUCACAAGUCUGGAAGUGCCUAGCAUUGAAGACGCUGUCGGUUCAAGGCUUGAACACCGUCACCACGUAAACGGUGACUGGCAGACUGUUAAUAAAUUGCUGACUCAAGUACAUGAUAUGGAGAUAGCUUUUGAUGGAUUUUGGGAAAAACACCAAUUAAAAAUGGAGCAGUAUCUGCAACUGUGGAAGUUUGAGCAGGAUUUUCAAGAGCUUGUGAGUGAAGUCGAACUUAUGUUAAACCAACAAGCAGAGUUGGCAGAUGUAACAGGGAACAUAGGUCAAGUAAAACAAAAAAUAAAAAAGUUGGAAAACUUAGAUGAAAAUUCUCAGGAUCUGUUAGCAAAGGCCCGUUUUGUGAUAUUACACGGACACCGACUUGCUGCAAAUCACCAUUAUGCCCUUGAUUUGAUCUGCCAGAGGUGCAAUGAACUACGUUACCUUUCUGAUAUUUUGGUUAAUGAGAUCAAAGCCAAAAGGAUACAGCUCAGCAGGAUCUUCAAAAUGCACAAACUCCUGCAGCAGGCUCGUCAGUGCUGUGAUGAAGGAGAAUGCCUUCUAGCUAAUCAGGAAAUAGAGAAGUUUCAGUCUAAAGAAGAUGCUCAAAAAGCCCUCCGAGACAUUGAAAAUUUUCUUGAGAUGGCUUUGCCCUUUAUAAAUUAUGAUCCUGAUACCCUGCAGUAUGAAUUUGAUGUAAUUCUAUCUCCUGAACUCAAGGUUCAAAUGCAGACUGUACAACUCAAACUUGAACACAUCCGAAGUGUAUUUGAGAACCAACAAGCUGGUUUCAGGAACCUGACGGACAGGCAUGUGAAGCCAGUCCAGUUUGUGGUACCUGCUUCUGACAAUUUGAUGAGAGCUAGAGCAUCGUUUUCACCUAAACAUGUGGGAGUUGGAUACUCUUUCUUUCAAGCAUGUAAACUUUUUUCCCAAGGAAAGAAGACUUGGAGACAAAAUGAGAGCAACUUAAAAAAUGAAGUGGUGCAUGAUUGUCGGGAGAAGAGAAGUUCUGGUCAAUCCUCCAGUUUGGACAAUGACAAUAGCUUGGAUGUUUUACAGAACCAUGUCCUAAAUGAACUGAUACAGACAGAGAGGGUGUAUGUUCGUGAGCUGUUUACUGUUUUGUUGGGCUAUAGAGCGGAGAUGGAUAAUCCUGAGAUGUUUGAUCUUAUGCCACCUCUCCUGAGAAAUAAAAAGGAUAUUCUCUUUGGAAAUAUGGCAGAAAUAUAUGAAUUCCAUAACAACAUUUUCUUGAACAGCCUGGAAAAUUGCAUUGAUGCUCCAGAAAGAGUGGGACCUUGUUUCCUGGAAAGGAAAGAUGAUUUUCAGAUGUAUGCAAAAUACUGUCAGAAUAAACCCAGAUCAGAGGCAAUUUGGAAGAAGUAUUCAGAAUGCGCCUUUUUCCAGGAAUGUCAAAGAAAAUUAAAACACAGACUUGGUCUGGAUUCGUAUUUACUCAAACCUGUGCAACGAAUCACUAAAUAUCAGUUACUGUUAAAGGAGCUACUGAAAUAUAGCAAAGGCUGCCAAGGGUUUGAACAAUUAAAGGAGGCACUUGACACAAUGCUGGAUUUACUGAAGUCAGUUAAUGACUCUAUGCAUCAGAUUGCAAUAAAUGGCUAUAUUGGAAACUUAAAUGAACUGGGCAAGAUGAUAAUGCAGGGCGCAUUCAGUGUUUGGAUCGGACACAAGAAAGGCGCUACAAAAAUGAAGGAUUUUGCUAGAUUCAAACCAAUGCAGCGGCAUCUCUUCUUGUAUGAAAAAGCCAUCGUUUUUUGUAAGAGGCGUGUUGAAAGUGGAGAAGGCUCUGAUAGAUACCCGUCAUACAGUUUUAAGCACUGUUUGAAAAUGGAUGAAGUUGGCAUCACCGAAUAUGUAAAAGGUGAUAACCGCAAGUUUGAAAUCUGGUAUGCUGGCAAGGAAGAAGUUUAUAUUGUCCAGGCUCCGAAUGUAGACGUGAAGAUGACGUGGUUAAAAGAAAUAAGAAGCAUUUUGCUGAAGCAACAGGAACUUAUGACAGUUAAAAAACGAAAGCAACAUAAUCCGUUAACAGAACAGGAUCAGCUUUCUUCUCAGCGGAAUGAUGAAAGGCAGCAUGGAUCUUUUCUGGGUGCCGAGGAAACCGAGCCGGAACCCAGUGGCGCUCUGGUGGAAGUCCGGGAGGCAGGUGCAUCGGUUCCAGCUGAAGCUAACACAGUUUGGACCCAGGUGUCCUCACCUGCAGAAAUCUCUGAAGACCCCGAGGAAUGGUCAAGCAACUAUUUCUACACUUCUUACGAUGACAAUGAAGAAGAAAGGCCCCUAAUGAGGCCUGUGUCAGAGAUGGCUCCUAAUUCGAUGAAGCUAUUCUGUGAAAUGCUUCAGAUUCGGAAAGAGCCCGGAUUUCCUGAGCGCUUUGCUCAGACAGGCCUGCCAGCCGCUGAAACCUGUUUCCUGGCCGCCCCCGGCCCCCAACCCCGGCUGCACCGCUUGGUCGGGAGCACCGCUGCAGUGGGCCUCCCAGCUUCGGGAGUGGCCUGCGGGCUCCCGCGAGCCCCGCGCGCCUUCGCCAGCACAGCGGCAGCGAGCGAGCGGAAAUGGUGCCGGAAUGGCCGUGUGCCCACUGACACUGACAAGUGGCUCUACAAGUCAGGCGUCCCAUCAGGAAGGCCCCCCGUGCCCGCAGCUGGGCUGAAAGCUGGAGUCCGGCGCCCGCAGCUGUGUUCCCCAUGCCCUCCCUCCCCAGUGCCUGCUGCGAGCCGGCGGCUGCAGUGCCAUCCGCCUCGUUCUUUGCCGGCCACUCUGCCUCCCAGACCCCCUGAGGGUCUUGAGUCGGUCCGCCUGUGUGUCAAUGAGAGCGUCCCUGGUAGGAAUUCUGGGCGAUUUGCGGUCCCAGGGUGGAUCCAGACCACUGUCCUCUCCAGGACAGGACACACCGCCUCAUAUGAAAGCCGGGUGACAGUGGAGCAUCGAACUCUGAUGUGUCGUAUUGCCCUCGGACACAUUAUGCUCAGCGUUCUGCUGAAUGGGGUGUUUGCGGUACUUCUCUGUGAAUGA